UUUAUACCAGCUCUCAUGUAUUCUAAAAGGUGUCUCUGCUAUGUGGAGCCACGGAACCUAACAGGUACAUUGCAAUUCAUCCUCCUGGGCUUCUCAGAUGAUCCUGAACUGCAGCCUCUAACGUUCAGCCUGUUCCUGUCCAUGUACCUGGUCACUAUGCUGGGGAACCUGCUCAUCAUCCUGGCCAUCGGCUCUGACUCCCGUCUGCACAGCCCCAUGUACUUCUUCCUCUCCAACCUGUCCAUGGCUGACAUAGGCUUUUCUUCUACCACCGUCCCAAAGGUGAUUUGGGACAUUCAAACGCAUAGCAGAGCCAUCUCCUAUGCUGGCUGCCUGACUCAGUUGUCUUCUUUAAAUUUUUUUGGAUGUUUGGACAGUGUACUCCUAACUGUGAUGGCCUACGAUCGGUUUGUUGCUAUCUGUUAUCCCCUGCACUACCUGGAUAUCAUGAACCCGCAUUUCUGUAGCCUGCUGCUUCUGGUGUCUUUUUUGAUCAGCCUUUUGGACUCCCAGCUGCACUGCUUGAUGAUAUCACAGCUUUCCUUUUGCACAAACAUGGAAAUUCCUCACUUCUUCUGUGACCCUCCUCAACUCCUCAAGCUUGCCUGUAAUGAUACCUCUACUAAUACAAUAUUAGUCUAUUUUAUUGGGGCCAUCUUUGGUGGCAUUCCAGUCUCAGGUAUCUUGUUCUCUUACUAUAAAAUUGUUUCCUCCAUUCUGAGAAUCUCAUCGUCAGGUGGAAAGUAUAAAGCCUUCUCCACCUGUGGUUCUCACCUGUCAGUUGUUUGUUUAUUUUAUGGGACAGGCCUUGGGGUGUACCUCAGUUCCACUGUCUCACAUUUUCCCAGGAAGGCUGCAAGGGCCUCUGUGGUGUAUGCUGUGGUCACCCCUAUGCUAAACCCUUUCAUCUACAGUCUGAGGAACAGGGACAUCAAGAGGGCCUUGCAGCGAUUCCUCAACAGAAUAGCCUAG